UUGAAAAUGCCUAUGGACUUUCUUCGAUUGACACGGACGAUGCAAAUGACAGUAAGCAACACUGGGAUUGGUCAAGCCGACAAAGCAAGAUUCUCAUUGGCUCUUUCGUCUCCGUGACAACGGCUGUGGCGUGGGUGGCCUACAGUGAGCUAGUCCAAGAUGUCAUAGCCACCAAAGCCGUCAACGCACCAUUUUCCUUGACCUAUUUCUUCAUGAUGUUUCUUUCACUGAUGUUUCCCGUUCUUCUGUGUGGUAUACGUGUGAUUAGUGUGCGACCGAUGAAUGAUGUAUUAAGAGAGUGUGUACAUCUGUACCGAGGCAGUCAGGACUUCAGCGGGCUCCAGUUCGCGUGGAAGACGUGUAUGUUCUGCUUGUUAGGAGCUGCCGACUGUACCGCGCUGUUCGCAGCCAAUCACAGCUUCGUUUACUUGUUAUCGUGGAUUGUCUUGUUUGAGAAGUUUGUUGCUAUGAGGAUUUUUGCCAUGAUCUUCUCCAUAACCGGUAUCGUCCUUUUUGCCUAUGUGGAUGGUUUCGGCAGCCCGGCCAUGUUUGGCGUUGUCCUGGGUAUCGCCUCGUCGGCAGGAGCUGCAGUGUAUGGGGUUUUGUAUAAAAAAUUCCUGGGUGAGGUGUCCAGUGCCCAAGCUUUGUUUUUCAUUUCUGUUGUAGGCUUGUUCUCCUUGUUAUGUUUCUGUCCAUUCUGGUUGUUAGUCUAUUUCCUAGGAAGCGAGACGAUUGCCUGGAGUGAUGCCCCUUGGGGAACCAUUGUCUCCAGCGCUGCUUUGGCCAGUGUGUACUGGAGUGUGAAAGAAUGCGCGGCCAACUUGACAUAUACAGUAUUCAUAGGACUGGGUCUGGUUUUAGCUGUUCCGGUCUGCGCAGUGGCAGACAUUGUAUGGAAGCACCGGGAGUUUUCAGGUAUGAAAAUUGCUGCACUGGUGUUGAUUACCACGGGCGUUCUGCUGAUUCUGUUACCAGAAGACUGGCACCUCUUUAUAUGUAGGCGUGUCCGGACUCAGCGAAGUGAAGACAUUCAAGAGAACGUACCAAACAGCACAACACUGAGAGGCAGGCUUAGUAGGACAUCGUAUAUGUGA